GUUGCGCAUCAAUUUUUUUUCUUUCUUUUUUGAAAUAUUUUUCAAGAGCGCACCCUCUGUCAUUGCGUUUCGUUUAAGUUGGUUCAAGCGCUCACGUCACAUGUAUAGAACGUAGGUGGGUGUUUGUAUGGGGUGGAGCCCGAAAAUGGCUGUCACGCAAGGAACAAGAUAUUCUCAAGAGAACAAGUGACGGCUUAUUUUUGUUUUUUGUCUUCCAAUAAACAAAAACAAGAAGUUUGAAAAAAAAUUUAUUUUUUUUGCGGACAAAUUCUAAUGUUAUUUAUUUAAUCAUUAAUUUGAUUAUGUUGUCGUGCCUCAGAAGCAUACCUCGCGGUAUUUGGAGGUAUUCUCUAGACGCGUCGUCACCCUCGUCGCCGUCAACCCUUAAUUCUUCUCAAAGACUACAGAAAGCAGAGGACAAUGUAGAUUACAAAAUUUGAAGAAGGUGAAAUAGAAGAGGAGGUUGAAAGAUGAGCGGCUCCUCUUGGGGAAGACUUGUUAUUAUAAUAAUUGGAGUUGUGAUUUGUUGGCAAUUAUCUUGCGCAGCUGAAAGUGACAAAUCAGUAAGAUCAUUGAAAAAUCGCCUUAGAUCGUCAUCAUGGCGUUUAGUUGUAUCGUUUACACAAUCACAUGGACGUGUUAUUCAUACAGCGACAAAUUAUAAAAAUGAUAUACAAUCGGCAUGGGAGAAGACACGAGCUGAUGCAUCAUUGGAGGACAUUGAAUUGUCAUAUGUUGAAGCACGUGAAACACCCGUCACCGAUUCAUUAUCCUAUCCAUUGUCACUUUUAAAUAAAUUUUGCCUCGACAUCGAAAAUGGCAAGACAAUAUUGAGCAUUGUUAUUGGCGGUGGUCCCGCAGCCAGAUUUCUCGUAUCCGCAGCAUCAUCUCUCAAUUUACCAACUCUUUGGCUGCCAUUCACCUAUCGCGAUUUUCUCCAACAGGGGCAGAAAGCACGAUUUGAAAGUCGUUUAGGCUCAAGUCCAGAGGAAGUUGGAGCAGCGGCCGCCGCUUUAAUGCACAAGGCCAAUUGGCAUGCAUUCACUCUAUUCAUUGAUACAACAUUACUUCCCGUGCAUCAUCUUCUACAGAAACAUCGAAUGAAUUUAACACCCAAAACGAUAAUUCAUCUUCCAACCAACGACAAAACAUUAAGACUAAGACUUCGUAGAUUAUCCGAAGAAGGUGGAAGUGGCGGUGUUCUUGUAAUGGGUUGCGAUUUAUACAACGCACGUAAAAUAAUAAUGGCAGCGAGUAAAUUUGAAAUGCUCACAGGACGAUUUUUGUGGUUGUGGCUCGAUUUAAAAGAAGAAUUACGUUCAAAUGAACCAAAUUUAAUUGAUUCACAAAUUUUACAUGGCACAUCAUCAUCAUCGCGUGUUGGAAUAACAACAAAUGAUAAUUUACCGCCAUUAGAAACAAUGGAACGUAAUAUUAAUCUUGUUCCCGAUAACGAAAUAAAUUUAGAUUUAUUACCUAAUUUAGCGAAUGACAUACAACAUUUACAUGAAUAUCGAUGGGCAAGCGAAAUAUUUAUUAAACGUAAACGUCAAGAUAAAUCGGCACAUUUUAUUAAUAAUAUUGAUGACAAUGACGAUGAGAAAAUUAUAAAUAAAAAAUUAAAUUCUAAAAAUUUUAUGCCAGUUGGAAUGCUUGCAUUGACGCCUUCUAAUUUACAUCUGACAAGUGGUGAUGAUUCAAGAGCAUCAACAAGACGCCUUAUGAGUGGUGAAGAUAUAUUGCCAAGUAUGUUGCGUGCAACAUCACAGGCAUUAGAAGAAUCAAUCGCUCAAUUAAAACCAAAACUUGCGCGAAUUCGUGAUCCUCAAUUAAAGGAUUAUUUUAUACCUGAAUGCCUCGCUCAUAGUCAAGCAAAAUUCACAUUUAAUGAAUAUCGUGAAAAUAUGUCGAGAAUAUUAACAGCAAAAUUACGUAAUUCAAUGGAUGAAAUUUCAAAAAAUAAAGCUGAAUUUCAAUUAUUAAAUUUACAAGGCGUUACAUUUGCUGGAAAUAGAACACUAUUGAAAUGGACCAAAGUGGGCAAUAUCAAGGGUGGUAAAAGUGUUCGAUUGGAUACAAUUAUUUGGCCAGGUGGUGGAAUUAUGCCAGCUUAUCUUGAGCAAGGUGGUGAAAAAAUUGGAAUGCCAUUGUAUCGUAUUGUAACUGCACUUGCACCACCAUUUACAAUGGCGACAAAUUUACAAGAGGGACAAUGUUUGAGAGGAUUAACAUGUCAUCAGGAUGAAAUUACAAAAUGUUGCUAUGGCUAUACAAUUGAUUUAUUGGCACAAAUGUCCAAAGAAUUGGAAUUUCGUUUUAAUCUCUAUAUUGUAAAGGAUGGCUUUUUUGGAAGAAAAAUUGGACGCGAUGGCACAUGGAAUGGAGUUAUUGGCGAACUUGUUACGGGUCAUGCUCAAUUAGCAUUUGCUCCUUUGAGCGUAUCAAAGAAACGUGCUGAGGUGGUUGAUUUUACAACUCCGUAUUUUUAUAGUGGCGUUAGUUUUUUAUCAGCGCCAAAACAUCGUUCGGAAAUUCCACUACUUGCCUUUCUACAGCCAUUUAGUCCACAACUUUGGAUAGCGGUAUUUACCUCGUUAAAUAUAACAGCUGUUGCAGUUGCUGUUUAUGAAUGGUUCAGUCCAUUUGGCUUAAAUCCAUGGGGACGACAGCGUAGUAAAAAUUUUUCAAUAGCCUCAGCAUUAUGGGUGAUGUGGGGUCUUCUAUGUGGUCAUCUUGUUGCAUUCAAAGCUCCCAAAUCAUGGCCUAAUAAAUUUUUGAUCAACGUCUGGGGUGGAUUUUCCGUUAUAUUUGUCGCUUCCUAUACUGCCAAUAUAGCGGCUUUAAUUGCUGGUCUCUUUUUUCAUUCGUCCGUCACCACUCAUCGAAGUUUAUUAUCACAACGUGUUGGAGUUCCAAAAGCAUCAGCUGCCGAGUAUUAUGUGCAACAAUAUCAUAAAGAAUUGUGGUCGCAUAUUAUUAAAUACUCAUUGUCUGAUGUUGCCGAAGGUGUUGAGAGACUAAGAAAUGGAAGUCUUGAUAUUCUCAUAGCUGAUACUCCUAUUUUGGAUUAUUAUCGAGGCACGGACAAUGGUUGUAGUUUGCAAAAAAAUGGCGAUACCAUCAUGAAUGCCGACACAUAUGCCAUCGCCUUGUCUAAAGGACAUCCUCUCACGGGAACAAUUUCCAAAGUAAUAGCCAAUUACACGAGCAAUGGAUUCUUGGAUAUCUUGCAGGAAAAAUGGUACGGCGGUUUACCAUGCAUGCGAGAUGGUGAAUUGGGGAUCGAUCGCGAGCACGGUGGACAACCACGACCACUUGGUGUUGCAUCAGUUGCCGGUGUAUUUUGCCUCCUUGGAUUGGGAAUGCUAUUAGGAACAAUUAUUCUCGCUGCCGAGCAUUUGUUUUACAAAUAUACACUACCAAAAUUACGUCAUCGUCCAAAAACAUCAAUGUGGCGAAAUCGAAAUGUCAUGUUUUUCUCACAAAAACUCUAUCGAUUUAUUAAUUGUGUUGAAUUGGUAUCGCCACAUCAUGCUGCACGUGAAUUGGUACACACUGUUCGUCAGGGACAAAUUACAUCGUUAUUUCAAAAGAGCGUGAAACGGAAGGAAUAUGAGCAACGACGUCGUCGCAAAAGUAAAGCACAAUUUUUUGAAAUGAUUCAGGAAAUCCGAAGAGUGCAACAGGAAGAGAAGGUGGAUGCAGCGCCAAAGGAAGAGAUACAGCGUGCAGGUAAAAAAGAAGAGAAACAGGGACGUGAUCGAAGUCGAAGUAAGAGUCCAUUGAUGUUGAGGAGUCCAAAAAGAUCCGAGAAAUGUACGAGUUCGACAAAUUUAUCAAGUUCAAGAUUGGGUUUAUCGCCAAUCAGUUUAGAUACAAUGAAACCACGUGAAUUUACAUUAAGUAGCACAAAUCUUCGUGCACGAAGUCCAUUGGAAACAGUGGGUCGUAGAUUAAGUCAUGGUGAAGGUGAUUCACCGCCGCCAUAUCCUGGUUCAAAUUUUGGUGGUAGUGCAAAUUUACGUCCAAUUGCACCGCCACGUGGUGAAUCAUUAUCAGGUGCAAGUUGUACACAACCACCUAAAUAUUCACGAAGUCCAGCAAAAAGAGGACAAUCGUUUCCAGCUUUUGCAACAUUACGCACACCACAAUCAAGUCAUCAUCAUCAUCAUUCGCAGGCAUGCAAAAGUCCAUUACUCUCGCCAAACAAUGAAUUGACCUCGAUAAUAGGUCGUAAAUUAUCGCGUGAAUGGGGCUCUGGUAUAUUCGAUAUAACAAGAUCAUCAGAAGCAAUUGGAUCAUGUUCAACCUAUACAUUGAAUCAAGAAUCAACAUUGAUUCCCGGUGAGGAGGGUUCACGUCGUAAAAAAAGUCAAGAGGAUAUACUUUCAUUGAAAAAGCCGAUUCGCCGUGCAAGAAGUCAUGAGAAUAAGGACACGGGCAAAUCGAUGAGUGACCUACAGUCACCAAGAUUAAAUGCCCAACCCGUUGUGGGUGGUAAAUUGAUGAAUGAACGAACGAAAAAACAAUUGGAAUCGGAAUUGAAAGCAAUAUUAACAGCGCGAGCGCAUCAUCGCGAAUUACUCGAUCCCCCUUGAUAGAUCGUGAUAUUCCCGUAAAAAAAUAAAAAAGAGAGAGAUUCUUAAAUAGAAAGCAGCCAGCUUUAAUAAUAAUGAUCGUCGCCUCUGAGGGGCUUUGAUUGACAUAAGCAAUAUCAGAUUUAUAGGUCAAUUUAUAGAAGAAACUGAAAAUAAAAAAAAUUUUUAAAAGAAUGCAAUUUCAGAGGACUGAAUAUUGCAUUAAUAUAUAGUAUUUCGUAAAUGAGAAUGGAGUUAAAAAAAAAUAUUCAGGUCGAACAAAUUUGUUCGCAUGUUGUUAUGUACAUUAAUAAACAAAAAGAGAGAUAAAAAGAAAUAA